AGCAACCUUGGAGUCAUCGACCUGGUUUCACAGGCAGCUGGAUCUAGAUCUCUGCACAAACAUUCAACAAUGCUCAAGAAAGAAGUCAAGCCAUACUGGAAUUUGUCAGUCAAAGUUUUAUACGCGAAGCUUCAUCAGAACUAUGACUACUGGUCUGCAUCUGACUGCUAUGUCAUCCUGAACUUACCCACGGCAUCCGUCCGUACAAAUCGCACCAAGACUAUCUCAAAUAACAAUAACCCUGUAUGGAAUGAAACGUUUACCUUCAGGGCGCACAGCAACAUCAAGAACAUUCUGGAAUUCCGCAUAUUUGAUGCUGACGAGUUCACAAAAGAUGAUUACUGCUUCACCCUCCUAUUUGACAUCAAUAACCUCACACUUGGACAAAGGCAAACAAAAUGCUUCAUUUCAGAUGAUCAGAAAAAGAGUGAGCUGUGGGUGGAAUUUGAGAUGACCAUGAGCUCUGAUAAGCCUGAACCGUACUUUUCUAAUGGAGUGCUGAUGGCCGGUCCAUUCUGUGCACUGGAUGUGAAGGUGGAAAAACAUUUAAGGACUAAUGAAACUCUGCAAGACAUGAUGUUAAAACUUCGAGGCGCACAUAAAGAAGACUGUUUGAUCCCAUGCUCUGAGAAAGACCCCAGCUGCACUCAGACUUUUCGCUACUACAUUAAUCAAGACUUGGAGACUGAGUUUAGUCUCAUUCCACCAAAAGAUGUGGCAGAAGUGGAUGGGACGAAUCCAAAGACUACAGACAUUCUGUCAUCAGUCCCUGUGAAACCAUUACCAGUCAAACCCAAACAGCAGAUCAAACUCUCCAUGCCUGUUGAACAGGGUGAAGUGGAUCUGCAACUAAGCACAGAGGGCUGCUCUGAUGAAAAGCUGGAUGUGCGUCUGGAUUUUGAUAUUCCAGUGGAAGAAAAGAACUUUCUGGCUAAGAGACGUAAAGUGGUGUCACAAGCUCUUCAGAAAGCUUUGAAUCUCAGCUCUGCACCUGAGCCCAGCAAGGUCCCAAUGGUGGCUGUGGUCUGUUCUGUGGGCGGGACCAGGGCGAUGAUUGGCACAUUUGGAGGCCUAAGAGCUCUGCAGAAACUCCAGCUUCUUGAUGCAGUCAGCUACAUCACAGGGGCUUCUGGCUCCACCUGGACUUUGGCUUCUCUUUAUGGUGAUGCUAACUGGUCAAACAAUGACAUAAAUGAGAUUAUGGAGUCUGUAAAGGAGGAAAUCUCUAAAAGUUUGUUCAGUAUAUUUUCCCCGGAGCAGCUACGGCACUACAAAGCGAGGAUGGAAGAGAGAGAGAAAAAAGCACUACUUGUGUCUCUCAUUGACAUGUGGGGUCUGGCUAUAGAGUACCUCAUCCAAGGAAAGAAAGAAAUGGGUACACUGUCUGACCAGCAGAUGGCACUAUCAAAGGGACAGAACCCUCUUCCUAUCUACACAGCUCUCAGCAUGAAAAAUAGUAAGACAGGAUGUUCCACAGAGACUGAAUGGUGUGAGUUCACGCCAUAUGAGGUUGGAUUUAUCAAAUACGGUGCCUUCAUACCUGCACAGAACUUUGGAAGUGAGUAUUACCUCGGCCACAUGGUCAAGAAACUCCCUGAAUCUGGAAUAUACUCUUUAUUGGGAAUAUGGAGCAGUGUUUUCUCUCUAAAUUUGACUCUGCUUUGGCGUCGCAUCACAAAAGUGAUCCCAUCCUGGGCCAACAAUAGUGAGGAAGAAGAGAAAGAGGAAAACACAGAACAUAAACCAUCAACGUCGGACACACUUCAUGUCAACACUAAGACUGACUUGGCAAAAAAGCUGAGCGACUUUCUGACCAAGCGGCCCAUUAUCAGCCAAGUGUUCAACUUCCUUAGAGGCUUCCACCUGCAUGGGAACUACAGUGAGAACUGUGAUUUCACCACAUGGAAAGACACACAUCCAGAUGUCUACCCAAACUCCCUGACACCAGCAGAUGCCACACUGGGCCUAGUGGACACAGGUUUUGUCUUCAAGUCAGGAUUUCCUCCUGUGUUACGUUCAAACAGACGUGCAGAUGUCAUUAUGUCUCUGAACUACACUUGGGAAACAGACCACUUCAAGGUCCUUAAGCAAACUCAGGAGUACUGCGCUGAUCGCAAAAUACCAUUUCCAAAGAUUGAUUACAAAAAGUUGGCGUCUGAGCCAAUUAGGGAAGUUUAUGUGUUUGAAGAUAAAGAGAAUCCAGUGGCUCCCAUUGUGAUUCACUUUCCCUUGAUCAACGUCUCAUUCAAGCAGUUCAAGUCUCCUGGAGUGAAGAGAGAGGGUAAGGAGGAGAUGAAGGAAGGAGAUUUUAAUACUGACUUCACCAAUUUGUCAAGUCCAUUCUCCACUCUGAAGCUUACAUAUGAACCUGAGGAUUUCCAGAUGUUGGCCAACCUCACCACCUACAACAUUCUCAACAACAAAGACGUCAUUUUAAACACGCUGAACAAAGCGCUGAUGAGAAACAUUGAGAGAACUCCUGCUACAACCCAUCAAAAUUCUGAUUUGAUGUUGAGACAGGAAGUUAAAAAUGACAGCAGAAUCGACUGAAGAGUGAUUUAAAGGGAUAAAUGGAUUAAAGGGAUAGCUCACCCAAAAAUGCCAUCAUUAAUCAUCUCAUAUUGUUCCAAAUCUGUGAUUUUUCCUUGAUCAGAGGGUGUUAUAAUAAUCCAUUUUUAACAAUGAAAGCAUGUCCAGAUGUUCUUAAGUCAUAUGAUAGCUUUUGAAGGACAGCCCAACAUUUAAAGGCACAAUAUGUAAGAUUUUUUGAUUUAAAAAUUCCAAAACCACUAAAACAGUGUUAUAUAUUUUGCUGACUUGUGUACUUAUAUUAUCCCGAAUGUUUCUAAGAAUGUUUAAAUCCAGAAAAAUAAUCAAUUUUAAGCAUUGUAACAUUGUGUCAUUGUGUCACUUGCAUAUCACGUCAUACACCCUUGAUUUUCCGGUUUUAUUUUUGUAGAAAACAUGGAAACCCCAAAGACAUUUUAAUAUGUAAUGCAUUUUUAAGACAGGACGCACACUCAAAUGUAACUAGUAUAGUAAAACAGCACUGCUUUAUCCUACAUUCGCAUGACCGGAAACGGUUGACUGUGGCAUAAUAAAAGCUUAGCUGCU